UUUGAUAACCUUCCUGUUUUGAGGUCUAACUUGAUACUUGGUAUUCAGCCCAGCUUCAUAAACAAGCCAGAAUGCCCUUCCUUUCUGUCAUAUAUAAUCAUGUUGCUAUCAUCUACCGUGCACUAUGACAACUCGUUGGUCAUUCCGAAUUCGUACAUUGUCGCAUGAUGGAGGAACCCUGAAACGUACAAAUGCUUUGAAGACAUGGCUUGGUGAGCGUACUGCUACUCCUCGUAGAUACAGUGCAAGUACGUUCGGAGAUAUGGCGGAUGACAAUGAUGUAGAUUUGUCGGAUACUCGUUUCCAGAAAGGAAUCGAAGAAGUGAAGGAUGAUAUUCGAAAAGAAAUUCGGAAAGAGUUAAAACUAAAAGAAGGGGCGGAAAACUUGAAAAAGGCAACCACAGACAAGAAACAACUUGCCAAUGUUGAAAACCUUUUGAAGAAAUCCAACAGAAAAUUAGAAGAACUUCAACAAGAAAUGAAUGAACUUGAUGCUUAUCAGAUUGCUAAGUCGGGAGAUGGAACAGAUGAAUCCAGAGCAAACCCAAGAGUUGCAGCACUCGAAAAACAGCUCAGAAUUGAGACGAAAGUGAAAGAAGGAGCAGAAAAACUUUUACAAUCGUUUAAUAUGGGACAUAGUAAAGAUAGAAAGAUGAUUGCUACAGCCGAACAAAUGCUAGCUGAGAGUAAAACCAAAAUUGAAGUUAUCAGAAUGCAAAUAUUAAAAACAGCAGCUGCUCACGAAAACAAUAAAAGAAAAUCACUAAUGCCUACUGAAGAAGAAGAACCUAAAGAACGCAAAUCAAAACGCGAACUUGAACCGAACUUGCCUAGUACGCCAAUCAGUGAUCCAUUGUCUCUACGUAUUGCUAUGUUGAGGCAUCAUAUCAAAAUUGAAACAGCAAUCAUGGAAGGCUCAAGAAACGUUCUACGAAUAAUGAGUAGCCAGUCACAGAAAAACGUAGAUAAACAUGCACUUUUUGAAGCACAAAUCAAACUUCAAGAAUCGUCGCAAAAGCUUGACUUGCUUAAAUUGUCACUCGAGCAGAGGACGGCUGAACUUCCUCCCGAGAGUAAACAAAGGAAAGAACUGGAGCAGGAGAUCAACUCAAUUUCUCCUGUUCAUCAUCAUUCACAUACAUCAAAAUCUUCUUCAAGGGAUAGUGCCAAUGGGAGUCUCGUUAAUACUUAUUCUACAAUGCCCAAACCAGUUGCUCUUACAGGAAAAUUGGAAGUGCGAAUUGUCGGUUGUCAAGAUCUUUUAGAAAACGUACCUGGUAGAUCCAGAACAACAUCAGUUCAACUUCCUGGUGGAAAUCCAGAUAAUAAGGGAACAUUUUUGAGAGGUGCAAGUAAAAGUUUCCAUGGAAGAUCUAGCAGUAAUAAAUAUACAAUCAAACCUGACGAUAUUUCAAGUGAAAUAAUUGCUGUUUUGAAACUGGAUAAUCAAAUGUUCUGUGAAACUACAUGGAAACCAAUUAGUCAACAAUGUUGGGACGGCAGAUUCGUAACAGAUUUAGACAGAGCUAGAGAAAUGGAAAUUUCUGUAUAUUGGAAAGACUGGAGAGCCAUGGCCGCAAUUAAAUUUUUAAGAUUGGAAGACUUUUUGGAUAACGAACGACAUGGGAUGGCACUUCAUUUAGAACCUCAAGGAAUCCUGUUUGCUGAGGUAACAUUCAGCAAUCCUAAGAUAGAAAGGAAACCAAAACUGCAAAGACAGAAAAUAUUCAGGAAUAAAGGUAAAAGCUUUUUACGUGCUAAACAAAUGAAUAUAAAUAUUGCAACAUGGGGAAGAUUGAUGAAGCGAGCUAUACCUCAAGCAUGUAACACACCAAGUACAUUCAGUCCACAAGAAGGUUCCCAGGUUCGGGGUCGUCCUGUGUUGGUUGAUGUCGAUCGAUUUGGGCAAACAGAUACACCAGGGAAAAGACCGCUUAGCGAAAGUAUUGCACACAAAUUGGAAUUUCAAGUUACUCCCUCUGAGUAUGCACAAGUUAGGAAAUCAAAAGAACCUCUCUCUCCGCCACCCACACCAACCAUUGCACCUAUAUCGGAACAAAAAAUUGAAAAUGGUGCACAAAAAGCUGCCACAAAUGCACAAAGAACUCCAUCGAUGAUUUGGCAUGUACCUGGAACAUUACCAAAACAGCCUGAUAGCGGGGAACCUGAGAAACCGGCAUUCACAGCUUCACGACCUUCUUACAAGAAAGCAGUUCAUCCGGAAUCUCCCUCUAUGACCGGAGAAAUAGGGGACCAAUUUGUCAAAUUCAAGCUGGUUGACGAUGGCAAAGCAUCACCUGUUCCUGCUCCGAGACAGCCUGGUCGUGUUGAAGAUAUCACAAAAUCACCUCCGAAACCAAGUCGUCGAUCUGCAGCUCCAACUAAAUCUUCUAAGUUUGCAGAUGGUCAGAUUUCAAUGAAAGACUUCAAGUCUGUUGCUGUAUUAGGUAGAGGACAUUUUGGUAAAGUUUUACUUGCCCAGCAUAGACGCACCAGUGAUAUAUACGCCAUAAAAGCAUUGAAAAAAGGAGACAUCAUAGCUCGAGAUGAAAUAGACAGUUUGAUGUGCGAAAGACGAAUUUUUGAAUGUGCAACAAAAGUUCGACAUCCGUUUCUCGUAAAUUUAUUCGCCUGCUUUCAAACUGUGGAUCAUGUUUGUUUUGUUAUGGAAUAUGCUAGCGGAGGAGAUCUCAUGUUACAUAUUCACACUGAUGUAUUCUCGGAAUAUAGGACAGUGUUUUACACUGGCUGUGUUGUGCUUGGACUUCAAUAUCUUCAUGAAAAUAAAAUAGUUUACAGAGAUUUGAAACUGGAUAAUUUACUUCUUGAUAAAGAAGGAUUUGUUAAAAUUGCUGAUUUCGGACUUUGUAAAGAAGGUAUGGGUCAUGGUGACAGAACUGGAACCUUCUGUGGAACACCCGAGUUCUUGGCACCAGAAGUAUUAACUGAUACAUCGUAUACGCGUGCUGUUGAUUGGUGGGGAUUAGGUGUCUUGAUAUUUGAAAUGCUUGUUGGUGAGUCUCCAUUCCCUGGAGAUGACGAGGAAGAAGUUUUUGAUUCCAUCGUUAACGAUGAUGUCAGAUAUCCAAGAUUUUUAUCUAACGAAGCCAUCGGUAUUAUGAGAAGAUUACUCAGACGUAAUCCUGAACGAAGACUCGGCGCUAGUGAGAGAGAUGCUGAAGACGUGAAAAAGCAGCCAUUUUUUAGAAAACUCGAUUGGACCACACUUUUUCAGAGGAAAUUGAAACCUCCUUUUGUACCGACUAUUCGUUCUGCUACUGAUGUCAGCAACUUUGACGAAGAGUUUACAAAUGAGGAUCCGGUUCUUACACCACCACAUGAAAAUAAAAGGACACUAAGCAGAGGAGAACAAGCACAAUUUUCUGAUUUUGACUAUACUGCGGACUGGUAAAAUCCGCUAUUGCCACUGGAUAUAGAAUGACUGUUGAAUAGUCUAAGACAACACUGCCGUUUCCCUUCGCCUAUGUUUGCAGUGCAGUAUAUCUUAUAAUAAUGUAUUGAUAACUGACUUAGAAGUUGCAUAAAUCUGUGAUACACUGACACGUAAGGCAUUCUGAAAUGUUUUCCACAUGCUCUUUUCAAACUUUGACUGAGAACUUCAUGAAACAAUAAAUAGUUUAGACGAAAACUAGUUUUGAUAAUAAUCGGUAAUUUGGUGGGUUAUAAAUUAUCCCUGAUCCCUUUAGGUUUAAAAGUGUUUAAUACUGAGUCAUGAAUUGUGGGCUUGGUACAUCUAUUAGCUACUUUACAUUACAUUUCUAUGUGUUUGGGUAUCUUAGGUCAAACUUAUCGGAAAUCGGCCAAGCACUUAGUAAUAAACAUAUUUUCUUAAUUUUUUGUAAAAAUUAAAUCAAAUUGGUAACAUACCGUAUGUUCCAAAUUUUCAUAAUCCCUCAAUCAACUUGAAGGCAAAUGAUUUAAGUUCAACUUUCUUUCUUUACAAUUUUUGUUUAUAUGGGUUAUGUUGAUUGUUCCGUGGGAUAUAGCAUACAUUAGUCAAUUUUGUAGAAUUGUAGUAUAUCUUCUUAACUGGAACAAUAGAUUAUGUAAAUUUCAUGUGGCGGAUAUAUUGUAAUGCUUGAAAAGGUUUGGCACGAUAACUUCAAUUCAGUAUCCAUUUUUUUUUUAAUUUUUAUGGAAUUAAUUCUUAAAUUUCUAAUCCGGUGUUGCUAAAAUAAUACAUAGGUAUAUUGCAGUAGUUUCCAAUCUAUUGGCCGCCUCUUAUUAUUUCUUUUUUUUAUGUGAAUUGACCUAAUGUUCUGUUACAAAUUUUCGUUUCAACAUUCAAACUCACAAGUUCAAUUCAUUAGAUUUAGGUAAAAUAUUAUGAUAUUGAAUCGCAGUUCCAGCAGAAGCUAUCUAAUAUUAAUCAGUGUUUUUACAAGUAUAUUACACCGAGUUUGACUAAGAUAUAAUGAGAAAAAGCAUUUAUCUUUGACCAAUACUGGAAAAAAUAGCCCAAUCGUGUCCUUCCGACAAAUUGUCAAGCAUAUAUAAUUUAAUAAAGGUGCAGUGGUACAUUUGCUAUAUCUGUCUCACUAUAUAUAAAUAAAUAUAUAUUUAAAUUAUCAUUCUUAAACAUGUAUGUAUUCAGCCAAAUAUCAAUUCAACUUUAUACUUUAUGAAAAUAAUUCUGUGUAGAAUAACUUGGAAUAUUACGAUAAUUUAGAGCAGGGGUGUGCAACAUUUUUUUUUGUCGGUGAGCCACACAGCCAAUUUUAGACAUCUAGCUGGACCACACAAAAAAUUUAGUUUUUUCAUGUACACAGUAAUUAAAAUAUUCUCACAAUGCAAAAUUUUGUUUAAUUCACUUGGGCACUUUGACACGUGGGACAGAAGUUGUAGCAUAAACUGUCGGAUUAGGAUUUUAU